AUUCUAGAUAAGAUCUUACUUCAUUUCAUAACCAUGAUAAUGACCUCUCAUGUGGCACAGUUCAGUCAACGAUACCAUAUGAGAAGGCCACAGAAAUCCUUUGGUUUCAGCAUUUUAUGUUCACUGAAUCAAAAUAAACAAAAUGCCAUCAAACUGGAAGAGGCCUGCUGAUGUUGCAUUUCCGCAAGUUUGGGCUAGGUGUGAAGGCAAAACAACUUUAGCAGAUGGUUCUAAGCUUGUCUACAGAAUACAGGAUGCCACUCCUGAAAUGCAUGAAGAGAUUCUUGACAGACUCAUGAUGGUAUACUUUGUCCGAGAUGAGGAUAUUUGCAAGACAAUUAAUUUAAUGGCAGAUAAAACAUCUAUGGAAGAAACUAGAAUAAUGUGGAAGGAAUCACUACAGCAGAAUGUUGGUCUUGUAGCUAUAAGAGAAUAUCCAGAUGGUCAAGAAGAAAUCAUUGGGACCAAUAUAACGUGUGUUGUCAGCAAAGGGGAGAAAUCAAAUCCUGAUGAGGUGAAAGGCGAGGCAAUGAGAAAAAUUUGGCGUAUGUUGAUGGAAGAUCUACCAAAGCAACUUGAUGUAUUUGAGCAUUAUGGGGUGGACCACUACAUGAGUGCUGUGGGACUAACUGUAUUACCAAAAUACAGAGGACAAAAUGUGGGACUUGAGAUUUUACGUGCUCGAUUUCAACUUGUUAAAGGUGUUGGACUGAAGGCAACAGCAACAGCAUUCACUGCCAUGGCCUCUCAAAAACAAGCACAGCGUGCAGGCUAUGAGUUGUUGACUGAAAUGGUAUAUAAUGAUUACAAGGUAGAUGGAAAAGUUGUCUUCCCAGGGAUGACCACACCAUCAGUGAAAUAUAUGGGCAAAUACAUACCUUGAUGAGCAAAACAUAAACUGUUUUUUUUUUUUUUUCAGUGUAAGCACUGUACUGGGAAUCUUUGUGUCAUGGUCAGUAAGGUUUUUGGAAAUGUUGCUUUGUUCUCAUAAGUAAUGGUACAAAAUGAAACUUUAUUAAACAGUAUGAUUCAGCGCAUGAUGUCAACUUAUGUGACAAUGGUGCAUGAAUGAUGUAUUUAAAUUUUCAGCAGACAAAUGUGACUAGAUAAAAUAACAUUGGUAAUUUGUAUUAAACUGACAAAUUUGUAUCAUUGUAAGCUACAGAAGUUCAGAGUAAUAUUUCACUUUGCAGCUUGUAAAAAUUUCUGCCAAAGUAAUAAAUUACAAGGGGGUUCCCUAAGUUUCAGAUAAAACACAAGCAUGUAACAUUUAUACAGUUUUUCAAUAAACAAUGAAAGCACUCUCUCAGUUCACUAACCCAUUAAUGCC